UUUCUUUCUCCUUCUCUCUCUUUCGCCGUCGAGAGAUGGUAAACACAUCGAGUGACAGCAUGCGCGAGUGAGAGGAAACGUUUCGACUCGUUUGGCCGAAGUCGAAAUCGGAAUUUGCGAGGGAAGGAGCGUCCGGUAAGACCGCGGCCAGCAGGCCCCGAAUUCUUCCUCACGUGGUUCAAGGCCGUCUAAAAGCGUCCGGACGUCACGAGUACUUGCUUGCUUGCUUGCUUGCGUCGUGAGGCGACGCGAGACGACGCUUUCCACGCGAGGCGACGCCGCGCGAGAGAGCUGUCAGCGUCGCCGAGACAUUUCUCCGGUUCUUCCAUCCCGGAAUAUCGAAGCAAACGAAAUUCCGGAGCUCGAAGUCUUCUCGAACGACGACGACGACCCAAAACCCGAUGCACCGAAGAUCUGAGUCAGCCCACGAGGAGUCGUCCGCUGGCGAUGAGGGGAGAACCGUGCCAAGUUCCGGUACCGCGCUCUUCCUACGUUUCGUUUCGAAUCUGUGACGUAUCCUGGUCCGCCCUGCGAGGGAUAACGUCUGUUUGUGACCCAUCGACUGUGAUUUCAACGCGUGACGCCACUGCCAAAAAGGAAACAAACUAGCGCCGAUCGCGAAACCUGCGUCUUCGUCUCUGCUUCCUUCGUCUUCGAAUGUAUUCGUCGAAGAGGAGUGUCUUCCAACGUUGUAUCAGAAACGCACGAGACGAUUUUCCGUCGUCCUGCUCCGAGAUACCUAUGUCUUCCUACGAGUUCCAAUGCCCUUGAUCGGCGAAGCAACAGAACCCUUGACUUCCUUAAAUUUUUCUUAAAGCACUCUCAAACACACGAAAAAAGAAAGUAGGAUCGAUUUCUUUGCCAAUUAAGGCACUACGAAUAUCGUGUGCUCUGAGAAUGUUGCUUGACCAAGUCGCGAACGCGAUUCUUUAAUUAUAUCACUUAAUCUGUACCGUAUUCGAACGCAAAGCUGCACAUUGCAAAAACGGAGGUGCCUUGCCGUCGUUAUCAUCGUCUGAACAUAUUCGAAUCGUGACAUCAUCACUGCGUUUAUUCGCAGUUUAAGCAGCCACCUGUUCGAAUUAGCAUCUUUACAAAACUAUUCUUUGUUCGUCGCGGGAUACGGCAGGACGACACCGUGACGACUGUCGAGAAGCGCAUCAUCGAGUCGGCCGCGUGUGAUGCGACGCACGCAGGGCUGUUGCUACUGUCGUCUCGCGUCAUCUUGCGCGACCGCCUGGUGGCAAUAACAGCGAAGAUGUUCGGGAAAGUGCCGCCGUCAAACACGCCGGAUCCGCCUAAUAAUAACGGCGGCCAAACGUCAUCCAAGUCGUGCACCAAGCUGGCGACGACGGGCACAGCGUCGUGUCUGCCGUGCUUCUCGGUGGAGGAGACACCGACAGUGAACGUCGACGACAAGGUGAGACCUUGGCGACCGACGAAGGACAACGCCAACGAUUCACCUACCGUCGUCUCCGAGGCUCCCAGCAACUCUCUGCAAUCGCCUACCAACUUGUUGGACACCACAUCCGUCGCGAUGGAAUCCCCUAAACCUUGCAGGACUGAUGAAAUAACAACGAUCUGUGCAACUGUUUGUUCCAAGACCGCGACCAAGUGUUCGCCGAAAGAAGGUUUGUCGCAAGUUGGCAGGAAUCACGCCAACGCGAUGCAGAAGAGUCCCUCCGGUCAAAACUGCUCGAAUUACUCGAAGACCGGCGUCGGCAGAUCACGACGACCGCAAUCUACCUCGACUGCGAGAAACCUUAACGUUGAGUUGUGUGCGAGAGACUAUACAAAAACUGUGAAGAAGAUUAUUGCCGUUAAUCGAGAGCCUCCGAGCGACAAGGAGCAUCAGACGACAUGUAACGAGCAGCAGUCCAAAUGCUUGCAGGGAUAUACCCCCUCAGGUACGGUUGCUGCCAAAUUAUCUUCCGCGAGAUCUUCCGAAAUGAUUUAUACGUCGCUGUCGGGCGGAAAGAGAUCCGAUAACGAGGACUUCUUGACGGACACGUGCGCGAAUUAUUUUACGUCGAAUGGCGCACCUAACGUGCCAGUUGUGAGCGAUCACUUGCACGCGCAUCAGAAGCCAGCGGUUUCAAAGGUUGAUGUCAAGGAUGGCGCCGGUGAUUCCGCGAUCAUCACUACGCCUUGCGAGGAUGACACCUGCGAAAGUGAUUUCACUACUUCAACGCUGUCCAAAGAUUGGACAGCGAGGAGGAUUAGUAGCGACACGUUGCAGCAGAAUUGCGCGUCCUGCCUACCACAGGAUCUGCCCACGGAACUGCAACUGUCCAGCUCGCCGAGGAGCUACAAGGAGUUCAAGGAGAAGUGCCGCGAUUCUCCUUGGCGGCCCACGGAGAUGGCGGAGAGUGGUGCGGUGCACGGAUUGACGAUUUGCUCAGGCGAGACGUUUCAGGACUCGAGUUCGAAAAGGCGCACCGGGGCGUCCUGUCAAGCGCUCAGGCAUGCCGUCGCUUCAUUGAAUCGCCUGGACGACUUCUACAUGGAAAAGAUCGGUGCGGGCUUCUUCUCGGAAGUUUACAAGGUUACUCACAAAGUGACGAGUCAGGUGAUGGUGCUCAAGAUGAAUCAGCUGGCGGCGAAUAGACCGAAUAUGCUCAAGGAAGUCCAGCUCAUGAACAAGCUUAGCCAUCCAAACAUACUCAGGUUUAUGGGAGUAUGCGUGCACGAGGGUCAGCUGCAUGCGUUGACAGAAUACAUUAACGGCGGCAGCCUGGAGCAGCUGAUCAUGUCGCGGCACACGCCGUUACCGCACCUCGUCCGGAUGAAUCUAGCGAAAGACGUGGCUCGCGGUAUGGCCUAUCUACAUAGCCGCGGGAUCUUCCACCGCGAUCUCACGUCGAAGAACGUGCUGAUCAAGAAGGACGAGUGCAAUAACGAAAUGACCGCAGUGGUGGGCGAUUUCGGACUGGCUGCAAAGAUACCCGAUCCCAGCACAGGCUAUCGACUCAGCACAGUCGGUAGUCCUUACUGGAUGUCGCCCGAGUGCCUCAAAGGUCAAUGGUACGACCACAGAUCCGACGUAUUCUCCUUCGGCAUCGUCGUAUGCGAGCUGAUCGGCCGGGUGCCCGCGGAUCCGGACGUUCUGCCACGCUCAGAUAACUUUGGCCUCGAUUACCUAGCCGUGGCGGAGAUCUGCGCGGCUGCCGAUCCGCCGCCUGCUUUCCUCCAACUCGCCUUCAAUUGCUGCACGUACGAACCUAAGUCCAGGCCAACCUUUCCGGAAAUUACGACUAGCUUGGAAACUAUGAUAGCAGCCUGUGAAGAGGAACUGAAGAAUAACAUCGGUAAACGGCAGUCAACCGUUGAUCCAACGCUGAUGUCCAGCAUGGACGAGAUUGCACGGGAAGGACGCACGACGAAGCGGCGUACCGCAAAACUCAGAAGCCAAUCGGCGGACGCGAGAGGUUGCGAUAACGCGACGCCAUCGGAUAAGGCAAGAUGUCAUUCUGCCAGGCGAGUGGCUGAACUCGCCAGCCGUCGAGAUCCGCAUUACAGGCCGAUGACGGCGAAUCCAUUUCACGCAUUGGGCGGCGUUAAGAAGAUCCUUGGCGAUCUGUUCUCCAGCUGUUUAGAGCUGCCCUCUUCGGAGGACGUGCGACCCAGUAUCACCGACAGCACGUGCAGCAAGUUCAAGCCGGCGCAAAACGAUAGUAUUGCCAAGAUUCUGGACAGAAAGAAGCCAAAUUCCGAACCGAGCAGUCCUACUGCCAGAAAGAAAUGGGAGAGAAAGGUCGCUACCAAGGUGGGUGUCGCAAGUUUGUUCGCCCAUCCGCUCUUCCGAGAUGGUUGGGAGCCGCGAAGACGUGGCAGCUGCGAAUCAGGCUUCUGGAGUUGCGUCGGCGAAGACCUGAGUCCAGAGCCUCCAAAUCGACGGCACACGUCGACUCUCAGCAGCUCGGCAGCAAGCAGUCUGUUCCUGCUGGAUGACCAUCGAACCAGUUCAAUCUACACAGACUCCUCCGAGGACAUUGCCAGCUUAGGCGGUGGCGAUUCUUGCUGGGAGGAUCGACUGAAUGGCAUUGGCUCGUCAAGCAAGACCAUCUCGAAAAUUGUCGAAUACUUUGAGAGGAAGCAAGCGGGUAGACUCGGUGAUCACGGCGACACUGCUGGUCCUAGUCGCCUGACUCUGCUACGGGCCAGUCUAGAAGGGCCCGUUCCCAUCAGCAGCAUCUCAGCCGCGCAACGGCUAGUCGUGUGCGAAGGUGCCGUGCGCAGUAAACUUGCGUUAUUUGACAAAAAGUGAUAUUACGCCUGAGGCUCUUGGCAAUUUCUUAUUAUUUCCUUUUGAUAAGCAGCGCCCGCGUGAAAAGAACCGUAUAUAAUGAAACGCGAUACAGGUCCCGAAGAGAGUUCGACAGAGGCUCGUUAUCAUAUGCCGGUGACGGCGAAAAUUCUGGGACAUUACACGAUAAUUAGCGUGUUUCUUACAUAUAGUUGAAGAGUGAAGAAUGUAUGUUGUCUUAAUGAUAGUAGGAAUCGGUCUUCUUGCGCAUAAAAGAUUUGGGGCGGAUAAAAAGGGCGAUUAUACAGUAUCGGCGCGUCAUUCGUAAUUUGUAGACAGGAUAGCUGAUAACACGCAUGCGACGCAUGCUUACAGACACUUCUCUAAAAACCUAGUAACCUGACUGUGAUGUUUUUUGAUAAUCUACAUACAUACAUACAUUAUUGAACUAUAACGACUGAAAUUUGACGGAGCCAUCAACACAGGAUCUUUUAUACGCAACACGAGUCGCGUUUCAUGUAACUUGGCUACAACGAUGCGCCAUUCGAAAAAGAUAAAGAAGUAAGGAGGGGAGAACGAAGCAAUAGCGAAUUUUGUCAAAAAACUGCGUUUCUAGAUUAGCGCCGAAGGUAGCGCUAAUCAAUUAUUGCCCCGCGAUUGACAUAUUUUGCAGUGCCUCGCAGUUCCUAGUAGCCAUCUCCGUCCUUAUGCACGAACCAUGGGUAUUACCGAUCAUUGUAAGGGUAGCUAUACAGAUCGACGACAAAUAAGGGCGCAUGACUUUUUUUAUUUAAGUCGAAUAGGCGGAUUGCCAGGCUAAAAGUUCUUAUCUCGCCAUUCUUAAUUUUUCGAUUGAUAACUUUAUCGAAUUGUGUUGUAUUUUUUUCCUUCUAAUGUGUUAUUAACAAUCCUAUCAAUUUUUAAUUUUUAUUUUUGUACCUAAGGAUUCG